AUGGCAACUCACCCUGAGCACCCGGCCGGCCCUACGCAUGCCGAGUGCAGAACCCUCAUGUCAUCAUCUCGUGCCAACCUGGAAACAGCGCUGUCCCGGCUCUCCCUCUAUACACAGCACAGCUACGAGAUGACAUUAGCCCUAAUCUUGGGCGCCGUACACGCAAUCGACACCUCCAACAACUCCCUCGCCUACAUCCUAGUAGGCGCCGCCUCUCAAAGCGUGCGAUCUCUCGGCUACCACACUCGAUCCGUGGGUGCCGACCCAGCGACGUGCGCGCCGAACAAUAAAGGCCUUCUCUUCUGGACGGUCUACUUUCUCGAGAAAUUCCUCUCUCUCCGGAAUGGCCAGUCCUCGUCUAUUCUCGACGGUGAUAUUACUAUCCCAAUCCCCACGGAGACGCAAUCAUGCGACCUUUGUCUGGUGGGGUAUUAUCGCCAGAUGGUCAACCUUGCUCGCAUAGCAGGGAAGAUCUAUGAGGAGCUGUAUUGCGCGGGAUCGCUUUUGCUGCCGGCGGAUGUCCGCAGGGGACGAGCGGAUGCAUUGGCGAAGGAGCUUCAGGAUCAUGCCGAGAUGACUUUGAAGGAAAAUACGGCAUGGAUGGAAACCCUAUCCCCCGGCGAGCGACAAGCCUUUGCCAAAUCGCUCUACAUGACCGACGAAGUUCUCCGUCUCUCAAUGAUAACUCUUGUGUAUCGCGCGAUGCCGCCAGACGGUUCCUCAACACUGCACAACGAGUGUAUUCUGUCGGCCCGCGCUGCCCUGCAACAUCAUAUGGCUUUUAUUAACCACUUUGGGGCAUUCGACUCGGUGGCCUUGUCUGGUCAUGUUAUUUGGUCCAUCCUCUUCGUCCCCUUCGUCCCCUUCAUCGUCCUAUUCUGCCACGCCGUGGAAACCGGCUCCGUCGAAGACGUGCAACUCAUGCAAACAUUCAACGACUCGAUCGAGUCCGCGUGUCCCGAAUCCAAAGCCAUUGCGAAACACCACCACCUGUUUCAGGUCUUCUGUGGCGUGGCGCGGCGGUAUUGUGAGCUGAAAGCUGUCUCUGUUUCCGAGCAAGAGCAGGAACAGCUGUUGCUACGGAGGGAGGUGGAUGCGAGACUUGCGGCGUUUGGGGUCCAACCGAGUUCGUUGAUGGGGGAGUUGGAGUCUAAUUUGGGGGAUCUGGAGGGGCUUGCUAGUACUGGAACUAUUGGUGGUGGUGAUGCUGCUGCUGCUGCUGCAGGGGAAGAUGGGUUCAACGUGGGUGAUUGGUUCUCUUUUAGUCAGAAUGUUAUGUCGUUGUUGGAUUGUAAUGAGAUGCCGUUUUAA